AUGAAGAUCUGUUUGACCGCCCUCGUUGCCAUUGGAGCCAUCGUUUGUGCCCCUGCUAGCGCUCAGCCGCUGAGAGUAUGCCAGUCACCUUGCGGAGCCCAGAACUCGGAUCAGAACAUUUGGGUCGCUACGUGCUGUCAACAGAAGGGCGCUACUAGUGACGACGCCUUUAACAAGUGCUGUGCUUCGAGUUGCAGCACCGGCAGCCCUUGCAAGUGGGAAAACCUCGGCUCUGCCUCCGCGAGUUCCUAA